GCACGGUUGCGCACUUGAUCAUGACUGCGUUGGUAUGAGAGAAAUAGAAAAAGCAGGCCUAUGCAGCGCAGUAAAAGUCUGUCUGUCUGUUUGACUGUCUGCACAUCCGAACGCACCACAUCGACCUUGAAGUGUGCGUGUGUCUGUUUGUGUGAGCUUAAGUGAGUGUGUGUUUGUGUGCGCGCCCCCUGUAUGCGUGCGUACCAAAGCCGGAGAUCGAAGGACGAUUUCGCAGUGAUAUCCCCACGUUCUAUCCCCCUACCUGGCACCGUUCUACCCAUCUUAGGGAGUCGUGUUGUUUAUUGAAAUAGGAGAAACCGGAUUUCAUUAUCAAUAUUUUUUCCGUGAUUCACAGAACCCAGCGACACAGCAUGAUCGUAUAGUGGGCUUCUGACGUCAACAGGGGAGAAUCAUCGAAUUGUCAGAGCGACCAAUGAGCGGUGCGCAUAGGCUUUGGCCGGAGGAGAGCGGCAAGCGGCAGAGGCGGUGAAACUGCCGACAGUGUUGAAGGCAUGCUAAAGAAGGAAUAGCGGCUGAGGACCCCACCGCACUCCUCAAGGACUAUUCUACAAAAAAAAUAAUACAGAUUUGUAUUUCUUAGUCCAGCUGCGUAAAAGAAGGAUAAGGACACAAGUAUCAGAUAUGAUCCUCUCCCUAGCUGCAACCAUGAGCGGUGGUGGCAUCCCCCAGAACACUACUUCCACUGCAACCUUUGGCCCUUCAUCCCUGGACCCCUGGCUUGACCCUUACCCUGACCUGCCAGGGGUCAACUCCUCCUCCUCCUCCUCAGUUGUCCCCGACCUCACCUCCGCAUCCAACCUUGACCUACGACCUUUGAACUUACCACAGGACGUCAGUCCAUGGGAUGUGGCCUUGUGUGUCACUGGGACCGUCAUUUCCUGUGAGAAUGCGCUGGUCAUUGCUGUCCUCUUUUACACCCCCACACUCCGAGCUCCUAUGUUCAUUCUGAUUGGUUCGCUGGCGUUUGCUGAUCUCCUGGCAGGCCUCGGACUCAUCUUGAACUUCAUCUUCACCUAUCUGAUUGAGGGGGAGGCUGUGACCUUGGUUUCCACAGGGAUACUCAUUGUGGCGUUUUCAGCAUCCAUUUUCAAUAUCCUGGCAAUUACUGUGGACCGGUACCUGUCGCUGUACAAUGCAUUGACCUAUCACACAGAGCGGACAGUCCUCUUCACGUACCUGAUGGUUGGACUCAUCUGGCUUUUGUGUCUGAUUCUCGGAGUCCUUCCCGCACUUGGGUGGAACUGUCUAAAUGAUGAGACUACCUGUAGCGUGUGCCGACCGGUCACGAAAUCCAACGCUGUGGCCCUUGCUGUCCUAUUCCUGUUGGUGUUCGCGCUGAUGAUGCAACUCUACCUUCAAAUCUGUCGAAUUGCGUUCCGCCACGCCCAACAGAUCGCAGUGCAACAUCAGUUCCUUGCCAUUUCCACCACCAAAGGAGUCCAGACACUCUCUGUAAUUCUCUGUGCGUUCGCCAUGUGUUGGUUGCCAUUUGCCAUGUAUUCCAUCGUGGCCGAUUCCUCAUAUCCUGUCAUUUAUACAUAUGCCACAAUUCUUCCGGCAGCAUGUAAUUCAGUUAUCAAUCCAAUCAUAUACGCGUUCAGGAACCCGGAUAUACAGAAAGGCUUGUGGUUGGCCUGCUGUGGAUGUGUGCCGUCAAAUCUCUGGCUACGGCCACGGGCCAGGACCUCCAGUGAUGUGUAGGAAGCAUGGACAUACAGCAAGCUUGAUUAACUGGUCCGGAGAACGUUGCCAACCCAGGCCAUUGGGCAGAUACAAAUGUCAAGCCCUGGAGAAGGAUUUUGGGUGCCUCCAACUAGACAUCCACUGAUGUGGGGGUGUUUAGGUUGUCAGAGAAAAGGGAAUCCCUCCCCACCACCUUCCACUCUCCAGGGGUUUGGUGACAUCAAGAGUCAAGGCAAGAUAGUCCUUUUGGACCUCCGACUACGUAUGGGUUUGAGGUGAGGUUCUAAGGUUACCACCAAUAUAGGUUCUAUUUGCUUCUAAGCCCUCCAAACAACCAACAUUGUUCAGGUUUGGGAUAUGUUGAGGUCAAGAAUUAAAGGGGACAGUCACAGCAAGAUCUACGCCCUCUUAUGACGUCCAAACAACAAUGUACAGGUUCGGGGUAGAGGCCUGCAUCGGGGCGGUUGCCCGUUGUUCUCCAUGGGGGAACUGCAAAUAAAUAACAAAUUUUUGUAACCCAUGAGUCAGCUUGCGGUUCAGAACUAUUAUUUUGCGUAUCAAAAACAUUAUUUGUUUGAGAGAUCGGAUAGAUAAUCAGCUACAACGCAGUAAGGAAAUGGAUCAGAAACGGCCCCCUCCCACACGGGAAUAGCAUCCAUUGCUAAGUAGCCGAACUAGCAACGCUACUUUUCUAGCAAAUUGUUUAGCUCAUGCAAAAAUGGGUAGUUAACAUAACUAGAACAGAAAAAUUGAAAGUUUGUCAUAAGUUCAUGAAUCACCAUGCACAAGUGAAAUCCUUGUUUUGGAAUUGUGUGGUGUUUCGUCAACAAGAACAACAUCCCGGUUAAUUGUGGACGGACAGCCUACAAAAAGUGGAAGCAUGUAGGCGUGUGGUAUUCGUUUGCAUGAGUGUCCUGUAAAUAGCGUUGUAAGUUACAUUAAAUCAAGAUAUUGAAGUUAAGAAUAUGAUAACAUUAAUUAUAUCUGGAGGCAUUUGUGUUUUUUUGCACUUUAUGCGGGUGGUACGGGUUGGCUAAAACAAAAUCUGUCCAUGUGUUGGCUGUCUGGUGAUUCUCAGAACAAAUGUAGCCAACACGGUCAAAAAAACUGACCCGUGCAGGAAUCUAGUUCAGAGUGUGGUGAGGUCAAGGUUUGAAGGUUACCACUGAGAUCUACGUCCUUAUAUGAUCUCCAAGCAAACAACAAUGUACAGGUUUCCAGUCGUGAGGCAAGAGUGUGGUUCAGAAGUAAUCAUCAAGGCCCACCUUUUACUCGGACAACCAACAAUGUGCAGGUUAGGGGAUUGUUUAGAUCUAGGUUCAAAAGUCACCACCAAGGCACUUGAAACUUCAACCAACCAACAAUGUACAGUUGGUCAGGUCAAGGUUGAAAAGUGACUAUCAAAGCAAGAUCAACCAUUUCACAACACCUCCAGUGAUGUAGGUUAGGGGUGUAGUGAUGCCAUAGCAAGGUGCCAAGGAGAAAUGUAACCAAGCCACACCAGGGACUUGACCAGUUUUGGGUGGUGUUGGAUGUUGUCCCCUGAGAAUUAAGCUGAAAAAUGUCUGACAUGUAGUCACCUGAUUCUAGCCUUACUGGUUAGAGCCGUUGUAGGUUGCAGGAGUCUGACAGUCAGAAGCUAGUUAAACACAUACUGGCCUCUACAAUGCUUGUAGCUCAGAAGGUGAGCAUGAGUAGUUGUGGGGUUGUGUAAGAGUUCAAUGGAAAGUCACAAAGACUAGCGGCUAAGUACGCUGUCGUGUUGGGUUAGGCUACUACAACCUUCUAUACUAAGUAUGCUGUCGUGUUGGGUUAGGCUACUACAACCUUCUAUACUAAGUAUGCUGUCGUGUUGGGUUAGGCUAUUAUAACCUUAAAGUUUUCAGUCUGAGUUGUUUUUGAGUUGUCUUUGAUUUUUUGGGGGGGGAGAACUGGUUUUUAGUUAGAAUCCUUAAUUGUUACAUACAUUUUCGGGGACUUACUACUGCUACAGACAUUUCUACCCAAUCAGAAGCCAAAAUAAACCCUUGGUUUAAAUGUUAAAAAGCACUGUAUAGCCUUAAAAACCUUUGAAAACUAUGAUUUUGGUAUUGUGGAUGGACACUUCUGACAUCCACUCUGUUUUGACAGUUGUUACCAAAAUUGUGGAGGGUGAUCCCUUUGUUUUUCUUUUCAAUGAAGGAUUCUAGCUUUAAACUACAGUGCCAAAAUGACCUUGUUGCUAAUUAUGACUGUAUAGAACACCAAUAUCAGAUUUACAAAGUCAAACAAUCAUUAUUUUUCCUGGUUAUUUGUAAACCAGGUGGGGGGGGGGGGUAUACUCAAUCAACAAAACAAGCCCUAUUAUUAAGAAAUGUGUGGUUUGUAGGCCUACAUAAGGUGGGUGUAAAAUUACAGUACAUUUAAGUCAUUUAGCAGACUAACCCAUUUUUCUUUAAAUUCCUGCAUUAAGACUGAACCCUGAAUUCAGGUUUCAAAGGCCAUGCUCUACCACCAGAGCCUAAAAUUCCUAGUUGGUUUUAAUGAUCAUGGUAUAAGGUUACAGUUUCAGAAAUAGUACAUCUGAAAUAUUACAAAGAAAACUGUGACUGUCCAAAAUACCAGUUUGUUGAGAAAAAACAGAUCUACUAGAUGCAGAUGUAUGGUUAGAUUUGCAUUUUGUCCCUAGCUGGUUAAAGUGGAAUGCAGGAGUGAGGUGAUUACUCCAGCAGGCCAGUGAUCAUUCUACUCUUGGAUAAUUUAUUGUCAGUUUUAAUCAUUAAUAAAAAGAUCUGGCAUUGAUAGAACGAGAAAAUCUGUGUGAACACGAUCUUGCCAGACACUGUCAGAGUGGGGACAAUAUGUAUUAGAUGAUGGCUUUGGGUUUUCAAAGGCUUUGGUAGCAUUCCAUCAUGGCAAUAUUCUACCGAAGAUAGACAUGGAGCCAGAUAGCCCACCAAAUGGAUAAAUGUGAAGCAUCAGGUCAUACAUUCCGAGUGCCAAUAUGGUGAUCAAGCCAAGUGGCUCAGCAGUAGAAUGGUGCGAGAUGGAACUAGCCCAACGUUUUAAAGUUUUUCCCUAGGAAUGAAACAUCUGAUAUCAGUGCAGUUUUGAAAAACACACCAGAAAGAGAGACUUUUACACACAUCAAUAUUAUCUAAUAGAAUUUAGAAAAAAAACACUCUAGAACCAGCCAAUAUUGGUGGACGGAUUGAUGGAUGAUGCAGAGGAGAGGAAAUUAACAGAACAGCGUGACACGAAACCAACAGUACACUGAAUAUACUAUCCAUAUGUAAGACCUAUAGCAUACCAAUCAUUUUCUGUAUGAUACCUUGCUCCAAACCACAUGCUGCUCUCUGGGUCUGUAUCUAUGCUUAUGUGCAAUAAAGAAGCUGGCAUGUCUUGGCCUCUGCACAGAUCAACAGUUUGACAGGGUUAAUUAGGUUUUUGCUACAGGAGGUGAGACGAAGCGGAGGGAAAGGAGACACCAGGCGUGAAUGAAUGAGGCUCAGGUGUUUAGUAGGAGAAGGAGAGGAUGCAAUUAGGACUAUUAGGGUUUAUUAGGAGAAGGAGAGGAUGCAAUUAGGACUAUUAGGGUUUAUUAGGAGAAGGAGAGGACGCAAUUAGGACUAUUAGGGUUUAUUAGGAGAAGGAGAGGACGCAAUUAGGACUAUUAGGGUUUAGUAGGAGGAGAGGAUGCAAUUAGGACUAUUAGGGUUUAGUAGGAGGAGAGGAUGCAAUUAGGACUAUUAGGGUUUAGUAGGAGAAGGAGAGGACGCAAUUAGGACUAUUAGGAUUUAGCCCCGCAGAAAUCUAUAUGUCACCUUCUUAAAAUAAUCUCUGUAUGGAUUUUGUGACUUUAUUUACUGUAUGCGUAAUAUAAAAACAAAAACUGUAAAGACUCCCAUGGCCUGUGUGCUAUGUGACAUUUGAUAGGUCAAAUGAAAGCUGGCUGUUUUAUGAGGAAAGAGUUACAUAAUGUAUAGAACUGAGCUAGAGAUUGUAUUUUUAAAGUCGUGGGCUAGUAAAAAAAAUAAAAAAAGGUUAAUGGUUUGAUUCACAGAGCUAACAAGACAAUGAGCUGCUAAAUGACUAAAAUGUUAAGACAUUAUUAUAAAGAAAGGAAAUGCAAAUUGUACAGAAAUAUUGGCAUUAUUGAUGUGUCGCUGUCACCAUUCAUUGACUAAACGCUUCUACCAAAAAUAAAUACAUUUGAAAGUGAAAAACCGAAAUAUUACAAACUCCUUUCAAAACGGCGCAUGCAGGGAGAUAAACUUCAUAGGACAAUUACGUAUGAAAAAAUGUAAUUAGUGUUUUGUUUCCAUGGUUUUUCUACUCAGAGUACUUGCAGUUGCGAACAAUCACUCUCGUCAUUAGUCCAAGUCGCAAAUGGCUUUCUACCCAGUGCACUAUUUUUAUCAGAGCUGAAUGGGUCCUGCAAAGUAGUACACUGUAUGCAUUUUUUCUUUUAUAGGUUCUUAGUCAAGCUAGACAAUGAAUGCAAACCCAAUUCCUACAAUCCCUUGAAAAUUCUGAUUUUGCAACAUAUUAACCUUUGUCCUUAUUGCAUAUUCAACUAUGAUGAGCUAUGUCCCUGCAAUAAUGUUCAAUGUAUUAGUAGUGGAUAAAAUGGCUCUUACAGAGAAAUCACUGUCAAUCUCUAAAAGACUGUAUGAAAAAUAUAAUCCCUUCAAAACAAACUCACCAAGUUCAACAAUCAAAUACAACAGAAGGAACUUUCAAGGUGUCCUGCCACAUGUCAGCAGAAACUAUCAUUUAGGAGAACCACAUAACCAGUUACAGAUCAGGAUAUCACUAAGAUUACGACAAUAUUGUGUUGCUGCAGAAGACAGCAGUUUUCAUUUGCUGUCAACCCCAUCCCUUUUCUCUUAAGUUGUAUUCACUAGGAACCAAAUGUUUUCUUAUAAUAUUUCCUCAAAUGUCAUUUAAUCCCAUUUGUGAAUACACCACUCAUGCCUAAUGUACGGCGGGGUAAUGACCUAGCACUGUGUGUGUUUGUGUGUGUCUACCCUUGGUUCAUAUUGACAAUAAUGUAUUUUAACAGGAUGUAACGAAGAGGCAAACUUACUUUAAACAGAAGAGAUUCAGGCUCUUUUCUCAAUGGGCUGUAGCAUGUCUGAGACCUGUUCAUUUGGAGCUGCAAUGGAAAACAUUCAAAAAAAAAAUUGCUAAAGAAAAUGUAAGCAUUUCUUGUUGGGAAAGUCUAGGCUGUAUACUUUAGUUUCAGACGGUUUGGACCUAAUGAUGAUAACCGGGUAAUGAUGGCCAAACUAGGCUUCAUUUGCAUUAUUUUAGCAGCAGGAUAUUAUGCUGGCAGCACUCAGAUUUUCUUUAUCACAAUAAAAGCCAGCAUUGAAAUGUAUUCGGUGAUAUAGUUAACAAUAAAGUCUGUAAAAAAUAACAGACACAAGCAAUAUUGGAACGGACAUUAAACAUAAAAUGUACAGA